ACAAGCGGAGUUCGAGCUACCUGAUGAUCUUUAAAACAAUCCGCUCCACGCUCACUCCUCCGAACUAACAGAAAUAUCUACCUCGACUAACCAAGUCUGUAGCCUAAAGCCGCGUUUUAUACACUUCUUUUUACUGUGUUGUCGUAACUCGGCGUGUUUUAAAGCAACAGAAAGUUAAGCUGUAUCAGCUGAAACAUUGCACUACGUUUCUCUCUUGGCUUUGCACUUGAGCGUCUGUGAGGAUGCAUACCACCCAAAAGGACACGACUUACACCAAAAUCUUUGUCGGAGGUCUGCCGUACCACACCACGGAUUCCAGCCUGAGGAAAUAUUUUGAAGUGUUUGGGGAAAUUGAAGAGGCUGUCGUUAUUACCGACAGACAGACUGGGAAGUCCAGGGGCUAUGGUUUUGUGACAAUGGAAGACCGCUCUGCUGCUGACAGAGCUUGUAAAGACCCUAACCCUAUAAUUGACGGCAGGAAGGCCAAUGUAAACCUCGCAUACCUUGGAGCCAAACCACGGGUGAUGCAGCAAGGUUUUACGUUUGGUGUACCCCAAAUCCAUCCAGCCUUCAUCCAGAGACCCUAUGGGAUCCCUGCUCACUACGUGUAUCCGCAGGCCUUUAUGCAGCCCAGCGUGGUGAUUCCUCAUGUGCAGCAGAGCGCUGCCUCCGCCACCGCUGCCACCUCACCCUACAUUGACUACACUGGAGCUGCAUAUGCACAGUACGCCAACGCCGCCACUGCCGCGGCCGCUGUGGCCGCAUAUGAGCAAUACCCGUAUGCCGCCUCCCCUGCUGCAACUGGCUACAUGACUACAGCAGGCUACGGCUACGCUGUACAGCAGCCUCUGGCCACCACUGCUCCGGCCUCUGCUGCAGCCGCAGCAGCUGCUGCGUUCGGCCAGUACCAGCCCCAGCAGCUGCAGGCCGAGAGAAUGCAAUAGCAGUUAAUGGCACCGGAAUGUGAAGGGCAGCCAAUGCCCAGCGACUGGCUGUGGAUGGAAGGAGAAUGAAUGGCUUGGGAUUGGUGAAUGUGGUUUAGAGGGGUUGGAACUCUGUCGCUUUUCAACUUGCUGUGAUUAAACCAAAAAAAAAAAGAAAAAAAAGAAGCGUAAAAUGUGAAAAAUCACAGAAAGUGUAAGGACAGAUAUUUUACUUUUUACCAUUAUCAAUAGUGUUAUUAUUAUGCUUAAUAUUGACGCAGUAUAUUUAUUGCUAAAGGAGAACGCUAGGACUAAUUACUGUGGUUUGGAGGUAUGGACGAAGCCUUAGGUCCCGAUGCUGUCAUUAACAUAGGAGACUGUCAAGUGUCCGCACAGUGUUCGAUCCUACUGCUUACAUAUUUAUUCUCAUUUUUUGAAGGUACUUUUUGUUGUCUCAUGUGCUUUGCAAGUUUUGUUUUCUUAUCAUCAGGGAAAUGGAGGAUUUUCCAGCAAAUUAAUCAAGACAAACUUUGCCUAUCAGGGAAUAAUAUAUAUAUAUAUAUAUAUAUAUGUAUAUAUAUAUAUAUAUAUAACUGCGGGGAAGUAGAGAGUAACAAAAGGACGUUGUAGCUAUGUCUUGCAUAUUCAGGACUACUAUUUACUUUUUUAAAUCUUCCUAAUGCUGAAUGUCCUGUUUUUCUGACUCCCAUCUGACCUUUUGAUCUAUGCAAAGCAAACAAGCCACCAGGAGACAAAACGGACUGCAGAAAUUUUCUGCCACACGCCUCUAAAGGACAAGGAACAAUCAGGGGCACCUGAAAGGACAAGACUGUAUUAUUUGACUACUCUUACAUGCACAUGAACACUAACGAAGCACUAAUAUUAAAUCUGUGCAAACGUAUAUCUACACAUUAUUGCACGUACAAACACUUAUUCAUGCACACAGAGUAGGAUGGGUACAAAAGACAAAAGGUCAAAGCUGG